AUGAUACCGUGGUCGUCAUUUGUUCAAAAGGCUCAAUCGCUGAUUGACCCUGCCAACUUUAAUAUCCCAUCCCUUUCCUCCUCCCCCAGUAGUCCCUCCAAGGCCUCCCUCUUCCGCCAACAAUUCCGCCUUCCUGACUCCCAGAACCCUCUGCAAGAGAUAACCGCCGAUCUCGUUCUACCACUUCCAAACUCCUCCUCAAGCUCCGCAGAUAUAUCUCGCAAGUCUGGCCAUGUUGGGAACCAGUAUACGGGACGGUUGCAUCUGAGUGAACGUUUCAUCUGCUUCUCCACUCAACCAACUAGUUUUAUACCUUCGUCAACGCCCAGUGCUUCUACCGCCUGGACUGGUCAAACUCAUGGUACUGGUCCUUCUGGAAAUGGGUUCACGUUGCCUCUCUCCUGCAUCCGUCGAGUCGAACGACUUCACAGCGCUUCGCAUGUCUUCUCCCUAGCGUUGACGACGUGGAACGGUUUAUUAAAUAAACAGCAAGAACCUCAUUUUGUACCUCAGCGCCUUAUCCUGCAGCUUGUUGGGAGCAGACAGGCCUGUGAGCGCUUUUGCGACUGUCUCAAAAAGGGCCUACGUGAAUGCAUGAAGGAUGUGGAUAACCUGAGAUCUGUUGUCAACGGCUGUUACUCGGAGUAUCUUCUCUCUGCCACCGCCAAGCCAAAAUCGCAGGAAGAGAAGGAGGCUGGGAAAGAAGCUGAGAAGGAUAUCGAGGGCCGUGAGGCGCGGUUGCCACCGGAUGCAGGAUUGGGUAUGAUUUUCCGCUACCCCGGUGAUGCACGCAAGCUUCGAGAUCGUAGUAAGAUGAGAUUGUGGGGUGAAUAUUUCCGAGAAAAUGGUCGUAAUGCUACCCUUGUGCGUCAGCCGACAUUUCACAAAUUGAUUCGUGUUGGCCUACCGAAUCGUUUACGUGGAGAGAUCUGGGAGGUUUCGUCUGGGUCUUUCUACUUUCGCCUUCGUUCUCCCACACUCUAUGAAGAGACACUGGCAAAAUUCGAGGGCCAGGAGUCUCUUGCUAUCGAUGAAAUUGAGAAAGACUUAAACCGCAGUUUACCAGAAUAUCCCGGUUUCCAGAGCGAGGAGGGCAUUGGCCGCUUACGCCGUGUUCUCACGGCAUACAGCUGGACCAAUGCAGAGAUUGGCUACUGUCAAGCCAUGAACAUCGUUGUCGCCGCCUUGUUAAUUUAUACGAACGAGACCCAAGCCUUUUUCCUGCUCUCCGUUCUCUGUGAUCGGCUUCUGCCUGGUUAUUACUCGACAACCAUGUACGGUACAUUACUUGAUCAGAAGGUGUUUGAGUCCCUUGUGGAGAAAACUAUGCCGGUCCUUUGGGAACAUCUCGCCAAAUUUGAUGUGCAACUAUCAGUCGUAUCCUUGCCAUGGUUUCUCUCGCUAUAUAUUAACUCCAUGCCGCUGGUUUUCGCUUUCCGUGUCCUGGACGUUUUUUUCCUGGAAGGCCCCAAGGUCUUAUUCCAGAUUGGACUGGCCAUUCUUCGAAUCAAUGGCGAGGAACUUCUCGAUAUUCAAGAUGACGGAUCUUUCAUCUCUGUUCUGAAGUCAUACUUCUCUCGGCUGGAUGAGUCCGCACAUCCAAAAUCAGAGAAUCCAAAGCUCCGUGCUAUCACCAGAUUCCAAGAGUUAAUGGUGGUAGCUUUCAAAGAAUUUUCGGGUAUCACGCACAGCACCAUUGUUGAACAGCGCGAAAAGCACAACGAUGCUGUUUUGGAGAAUAUCGAAAGCUUCGCGAAGCGCACUUCUAUUCGCAACCUUGGUCCCGAGAGCAAGCGCCUGAGUGUUGAUGACCUUGGUACAAUUUAUGACCGCUUCUAUGAGACCUUGUACCAAUGGCAGCAACACCAGAACCUUAUUGAAGAGGAGAGGAGACGACACCAGAGGACAAAAUCCCAUCGCCUAUCGGUCCUCGGGCCACCCGUGAAUAGCGAAGUAGGCCGCGUGGGACUUGGACCUAGCCCAACUCACAUGGACUACGACGCAUUUAGAGAGUUCCUGGCCGCCACUGCUAAGUGGGCUGUAUCUGACUCUCCUGCGCCCAGAACGACUUCCGCUCACAGUCUCAAAGGGAACAAGUCACUUUUGUGGGCGAAUCGACGUGCACCAGCCGACCAUGAAUUUAUGCAGCGCCUUUACCGUAAAUGGGCCACUGACCCUGAGGAAGGGUUGAACCUGCAGAACGUCGUUAACGGUCUAGCACGCCUGAAAGGUUCUCCGGACAUCAUGAACAAUAUUAAUUACUUCUUCGAUCUAUAUGAUGAUAAUGGAAAUGGUCAAGUUGAUCGCGAAGGAAUUCUAAAAAUCUCCGAAGCGCUGCUUUUCCUUUCCCGUCGAGGAUUUGAGGGCACGAUAACUGCUACUCCGUCUGUGGAAGAUCUAAAUGGUUCCCGUGACCCUUUUAAUGCGGAACAAAGCAGACUAACUACGGACGAGAAAUUCCUCGGGAGCGUCAGUGCUUUCAUUCGUCGAUGCUUUGAAUACGCGGAUCCCAGUCACGCUGAAAAUUUAAAAGCUGCUGAAGAUUCAGCUACUGCCGAGGCAACGGAAAAACUUGACUCAUUCGCUAUUGGCGAUGAUGAUGAAGAAGACUUGAUCGAUGUUGAUGGGGACCCCAAGCCUAACCCACAGCCUGCCGCAGAAGCAAAAACUAAGUCAGAUGAGUCUACGAAUGACGCACAGGCUAGCCAUGAAGCCAAUAGACCAAGAUCAGAAUCUGCAAACCCAGCAUUAGACCCCAACAACCCCCUCCACAUCACCCUUCCCACAUUCCGAAUGGUUGUCCUGGCGGACGAGCUAUUGGAACAAUUCUUUGAAUCUUACUUCCCUCAAUCAUUCCACCUCUCCGAUCACCCCCAUCCUGCCGCUCUCGCCGCAUCCUCAUCACUCUCAUCCAACCUUACAACCUUCUCAAACAUUGGCGCUCAUCGCCCCACUCUUACUCACACUGCCAGUGGCUCUGUAGCUGGUGCAUCAGGCGGCAUAGUUCCUCCAGGCAAAGGCCUACGAGGCGUUCUCGACAACAUAGUCUCCGACGGUAUCCGUAUGGCCGCAGAAGUUAAAAAGAGAAUGGAUGAGGCUCAACGUGAGUUGGAGCGUAACGCCCUUGGUCGCGAUGGCCGUGAUGAAGAAGACGAGGAGGAGGAUGAUGAUGAUUACUCCCGCCGUGAUACGUCUGCUGCUGUCAUGGCUGGUGGUAUCUCCAGCUGGGGAGCAGGCGCUUACGGCGCUGAUCCCGAGCGCCGUAGCGUCCGCGACGCAGACCGCGAUCUUCUCGAAGGAGCCGAGGUCGAAGCAUCUUCUCUCCUCGAUGGAAAGGAGGGAUCUAAAUCCACUCCUAUUGCAUCUCCAUCCUCGGCUGAUGAAGCUGAGGUGGUCAGCAAGGUUGUCGAGUUUGAAUCGUAA